UCUGGGAUUUCAUAAGUACAAACAUGGCUGCGUCCUGUAUCAUACGAGUGAUGGGGUCAAGUGCUGCAAAGGGAAUACUGAAUUCCGCCUCCAAAUGCAUUACUUGGAGGGUUCUGCCUUCUACUGAUGCUUUUGCCCAAAGUUCAGCCUGGCAGCACAGCAGAUCACUCCAUUGUAACCCCGGGGGCGCACUGAUGUGUUCCAAAGCAGAGUCGGGGAAACCCAGUAUAGAGGGACCCGAGUACAUCCCAAAAAAGAAAGCCAAGAACCCCAUGAUGAAAGUUGGACUUGCCUGGAUUAUAGGACUCCCAUCAGGAAUUAUUGGUUUUCUUCUUGUCAAGCGAGAGGUAGAUAAGAAUCGCUUAAAACAAUUAAAAAUACGACAGAGGAUGAAGAAAUCCAAUGAAGGAGAAUAUGAGAGUGACAGACACAGGACACAGAACACAGAGUACCCAAGGCCCUGACUGGAUUUCCCUUAAAAAGAUUGAGACCAAAGUUAAAAUCAGGACAUAUAUUGUAAAUAUUGUGUGCCUAUAAGGAUGACUAGAAAACCUUUUAUAUUAAUAGCAGUCAGCUCCUGGCAUGGCAUGACAAAUGCAUUAUUCAAAAUUACAGUACUUUAACCGAAAUGUGCUUUAUACAUUUUGAUUUUUGUUGGAUUGCCAUGUAAUGUAUUCAUAAUUAAAUGUAAACUUGAUUCCACUAAAA